AUGUGGCAGCGCGUCGGCGACCUCUACAACCAGCUGCCGAGCGUCCGCAACCUGUGGGCCCAACCCGCUGCCCCAGCCGUCGCCGUGGUCGCCCCCGACCCCGACAUCAACUCGUACGCCGAAUCGUUCGACACAGCCGACGAGGGCGCGCCGAGCUUGCGGGUCCAGACGCCUCGAGGUCACGUCUAUGCGCCGUCGGUCCCGUCGAGCACGGUGGCGAGCACGGCGCGAGCGGGUCGAGGUCCCGCCGCCGCCGUCGACGCCGCGCAGAUCUCGAUUCGGCCCGUUCCCGCCGGCGCGGCCGUCCCUGUCGAGCGGGCAGCUCAAGCUCGAGCUGCACGAGUGAGCGCGACGGCCCCGUCGUCGCCGGCUGCUCGACCUGUCCUCGCCAGACCGCGUCCACCCGUCGAGCCGUCGCCCGGACCGGCUCUCCUGCCGACCCCGUCGGCCGCACUCAGCCAGCCGCAGCUCGCCGGCGGGCUCGUCGAACGGCUCAAGGCCCAGAGAGCGGCUCGUGCAGGGGCGGUCGUCGCGCCCUAUCCUUCGCUUUCCCCUCCUCCCGACCCGACCGCUCCUCUCGCCAGCGGCGCCUCGACUCGCCGUUCACCCGCACAACUGCCCCUCCCGCAUCACUCUCGGCCCACUCCUACUCGUGCUGCGACAAUACACGCAUCACCCCCUCUUCAGCCGUUCCACUCGCCGCCUCCUUCCGACGACCGCACGCCGUACCCUCCCGACUCAGCGUCCGCCCAUCCGGCGUCCUCCCGCCUCGCCGCCGACUUCUAUCCACCUCACGACGGCUACGGCGCCACCGAGCCGCACAGCGCUCGCCCCUGGCACGACGGCUUCAGCUACGUCGGCCCGGCCGGCGCCGCGAUCCGCACGCCCUCGCGCUCGAGCGGCCGCACCGUCCUGCACGAGGCGCACGGGCGUCCGUCAGCCGACGAGCUCGACGAGCCGCACGGCGCGCAGCGGCCCGGCGCGCGACCGAGCCGAGCCGAGCUGCUCGAGUGGGAACGUGCGCGGCGAGAAGCGGAGCGGGGCGAGGCGCGCGAGCGAGGAGGGCCGCCGACGGUGCAUGUGCGGGGCGAGAGGGAGCUGGACGACGUGCGCAGCUCGUGGGGCUGGGAGGAGGCGACCGAGGGUUUGCGGGAGCCGGGCAAGUCGGUCGCGGCGGAGCCGGACGAGAGGGGCGAGGAGGUGCGAGUCGACGAGGUCCUCAUGCAGGACUGGCUCCUCCAGCCGCCGCCCGACCGCGCCGUCACCGACGGCCUCCUCUCGUUCCCCGACAUGUGGCACGCCGUCUACGCCAUCCUCACGCCCUCGCACCUUUACCUCCUCGACGACGCCGACGUCAACGCCGACGCCCUGAUCGCCUUCGCCGUCGCCGACGUCGCCAACGUCGAGCUCAUCUCGAAGCACGCGAGGCGCGGCUUCGAGCCGUUCUGCGUCAAGCUGCGAGGCGGCGAUGCGCUCUACUUUGCCGGAACCGAGACGCUGGACGCCGAGCUCUGGAGCCUCAAGAUCAAGAACGCCCAGUCUGGCGCGUACCGUCGCUCGUCUACACUCGUCGACGACCUCGACGUCGUCGCCUCGUCAGAUCCGUCCUCGUCGUCAACCCGUCCUCGCCGUUGCGCCAGCUCGCCCCCAACCCCUUUCUCAUCGCGCCGGCCUCGUACCUCCUCGUCCCGCAACCUCGUCUCGCCGCCCCGUCACGACCAGAAGGACCCUCGAUGGAUGCGCUCCUUCCACGCCGACGUUCACGUCCGCCCCGUCCUCGUCGAGGAGCUCGCGCCGCACGCCUCGGCCGACGACUGGGGCCGCACCUCGCCGCCCUCUCGCUCGUCAUGGCCGGCGCGCCCGCCCGCCGAGGUCUACUCGCCGCCAUCGCCGCCGUCGACGGUCCGCCGCGAGGCGCAGCACGCGCUCGAGCUCGGCGUCAUGCGCGACCGGCUCGAGCUCGUCCGGGCGGUGCUCACGGGCCAGCAGGAGGGGCUCGAGGGGGACGCGGCGAGGGCGAGGGAGGCGGCGCAGGAGCUCGAGGGGCUGAAGGAGCGGCUCGUGCUGCAGGCCGAGAGGGAGGGCAGGGCGCUCAGCGAGGACGAGGAAAGGCUACUUGAGAAGAUCGAGUGGAUCGAGCACCUCAACGGGCUGCGCAGGCGCACCUCGGCCGAGCAGGACGAGCUCGCGCGCGUCAUCGAGGAGGAGGCGAGGUUGGCGGACGAGCUUCGGCGGGAGCUCGAGGCGCUCGGGGCGGUCGGUCAUGGAGCGGGCUCACCGGGGCAGUACGCGACGGGCGCAAGGGAAGAAGAGUGGGCGGCGAGCGGUCGCACGCCGACGAGGAGCGACGAGCAUCACCAAAACGUUCCUCACGAUCCAGUCGACGAUCGCGCACCGGCCCUGCCCGUCCGCCGCGUCGACCUUCCGAGCAAGUUCUCGUCCAACAGCUCGGCGCCACGGCGGUACCCGCCUCGCCAUUAUCGGCCAACCCUGUCGCCCCUCGCUCAAGUUGCCUAUCCCGACGUGCACGACCCGCGCCCGCAGCAGCACCCGAGCGAGCAGGGCUCCGUCAGCCAGGACGAGGAUGCCGAGCGCCGGUUUGUGCAAAGGCGCCGGCUGCAGGAGCUCUUUCUCGAGGUCGAGGCGCGCAUGCUCAAUCAGAAGAGACACCUCGCCGCGUCCGAGGACAAGAAUCGCCAGCUCACUCGCACGCUCGGCAAGGUCGUCAAGCUUGUCGAGCACUCGUCCAGCACCCACUCGUCGCAGCUCUCGGCGCUGCUCGACAAGCUCGACACGCUCACGGCGCAGCUCCACCUCCCGACCCACCUCGCCGCACUUCCUGCCGCCUUCGACCCUUCCUCAUCACCCUCGUCCUCGUCAGCGUCACGCAGUACCCCUACCCCGCCACCGCCGUACCACCCGACCUCGCCGCUCGUCCGCCUGGGGCGCGCGCCACUUCGGCCCCCGCACGGGCCUCGAGUGCCGCGCCCGGUCACCGCCGAGAGCCUCGCGCUCGUGCCCGGCGAUGGGAGGAUGGCGCCGAGGGUGAUGCCCCGGCGUGCGGCGCAGGCACUCGUGGGCAGGACGAGCAGCGGCGCGGCGGGAGCAGCAGGAGGGCAGCCGGGAUUCAGAGCAGGAGGGCCGGUGUACGGUGUCGACGCCGCGCUCCCUCAGCAUGCGCACGAUCCUCGCUGGGCCGCAGGCGCCGCCGCCGCCCGCCGAGCGCGCGAGCUCGACGCGCAGCAGCGCCAGCUCGACGCGCCCGCUCCACCAGCUCGACCCGUCGUCGGUGUCGGGACGAAGGACGGCGGCGCAGUCGAGCGCGGCGAGGCCAAGGCUCGCGUCGACGGCGCGCUGCAGGAGCUUCGCCGAGGCGUCGGGCGCGAGGGCGACCCGGCCAAGGCGGCGCUCGCCGUGUGGGAGCUGCUGGAUUCGACGCGGCGGGCUCGGACGGAGCGCGGGGAGGGCAAGAAGGCGGCGAAAAAGACGGAGCGGGAGAAGAAGCGAGGAGGAGGAGGAGGAGGGUUCAGGCUUGGCGGGGCGAGGGGUCGGGCUCUGUAG